AUGGCGGCGGAGGGCUCAGCAGUCCCCGGCAAGGGAGAGGCGGCGGCGGCGGCGCUUUCGGGAGGCGACUCCUCGGAGCCCUUCGUGCGGCGCUACCUGGCCCGCCUGGGCGCUUUGCGGUCGGCCUCCGUCCCCAGCCAGGCCCCGCCGGGGGGCGAGAGCGGGCUCCGGACCGAGCUCCACCUGGUGUUCGACCAGCUCAUCUCCGAGACCUGCGGCCCGGCGGGAGCGGCGGGGAAGGAGGCGCCGCGGCCCGAGGAUGUUUGUGACUUACUUGUCCAAGCGUGUAAAUUAGUGCCACUAAAUCAAGAGCAUCUUGUCAACAAAGUGUGCCAGUUGAUUCAUCAUUUGCUGAACAGAUUCCAGGUUACAGUUGAUGAAGAGAGCCUGCAGUUCCUUGUACCUUAUUUCAUCUCUGCUCUGAAGCAGUGUAGCUCUUGGACACACGUGGAAAUUCUGCAGGCCUUGGCAGCCUCAGUCUACAACAAUGGACCCAAAUGCCAAAAAUACCUUCCAGAUUUGUUGGGGGAAAGCGGACUCCUGGUACAAUUCAGCAGCUCAGCUCAGCCUGACACCGAACUCAAGAGAGCUGCUGUGCACUGCGUGGCAAACCUGUGCCUCAGUGUACCUGGACAGCUGUAUCUAGAGGAACCUUACAAAGAGAUUUGCUUUCACACUUUCCUCAACGUGUUACAGUCUUCAAAAGGACCUAGUGUGGAUGAUAUCACCUUUUGCAUGUUGUUACAGAAUGCAUUGAAAGGUAUCCAGUCGCUCUUAAAUGGUGGGGAGAUGAAGCUGAUGCAACCCGAUCAACUUGGCUACCUGCUUGCUGUGUUAAAGAAGUGCAUGUUCCAUGGGCUUCCAGGAAUCAACAUAGACAUGCCAGCUAUCUUGUACCCAACGCUGCUUCCUCAGUAUGACAACAGGUCAUCAGUUGAACAGGAGACGUCUGAUGUGUGCAACUUGAAGCCGCCCGUGAACAGAAGGAAAAAAUCCAAGACAAAGCAAAAGAAGGGGAAGCAGGAGGGAGACCUGAAAGAAGACGAAGACUGCAGUGGAAGAAGUGAGAAACCCAAGUUAUCUGGAGAUUCACAGGAAAAUCCCGGUCCAGAUGUGUGGAGACUCCCUCUGGAUGAGUCACGGGCAGUGCCCAUGAAGGACCAUCUUUCUUUGCACACUCUGGGCUGGAAAAGAAUCAGCAGCAGUGACUCAGAGUAUUCGGAUGCUGAAUGUGGGAUGCAGAGCAAAACCAGGUCUUUCCAAGCAACAGUUCGCCAAGGGGCUUUAAGCUGCUUCCUUUCCACUGUGAAGUCAAUAGAGAAGAAAGUCCUCUAUGGUUAUUGGCCUGCAUUUGUACCUGACACACCUGGCAUAGGAAGCCCACAAUCACUAUCAUUGAUGACUAUUGCUUUAAAAGACCCUUCUCCAAAGACUCGUGCCUGUGCUCUUCAAGUCCUUUCGGCAAUCUUGGAAGGCUCCAAGCAGUUCCUCUCUGUUGCUGAAGAUGCCAUUGACCACAGGAGGGCUUUCACUCCCUUCUCAGUUACUGUUGCUUCCAGCAUCCGAGAGCUGCAUCGCUGCCUGCUGCUAGCCCUGGUGGCUGAAUCCUCUUCCCAGACCCUCACCCAGAUAAUCAAGUGCCUGGCCAAUCUGAUAUCAAACGCGCCGUACAGCCGCUUGAAGCCUGGGCUGCUGACCAGAGUGUGGAACCAGAUCAAGCCAUACAUUAGACAUAAAGAUGUUAACGUUCGAGUGUCCAGCCUCACACUGCUGGGCGCCAUUGUUUCAGCUCAAGCUCCUUUGCCAGAGGUGCAGCUGCUUCUACACCAGUCUACCUCUUCAGGGCUUGGUGACAGCGGAUCCGCUACACCCCGCUCUUCCGGAGGGCCCGAAUGGCAGAGAAAAGCCUCGGGGGAGCGACCCCCGCGCACGGAGAACACACUUGCGGAGCCCUGCUGGCUCGUCCGGCUCUGCAUCUCUCUCGUUGUGCUGCCCAGGGAAGACAGCUGCUCGGAUAGCGAUGCUGGCGGUAUGUCAAGUGGCAGCAGCAUCCAGGAACCCUCUCCCGUUCGCCUGGAGGCCCUGCAGGUCUUGGCUGUCCUUGUCAAAGGCUAUUUCUCCAUUUCCCAGAGUUAUUUGCUAGAGCUUGGUGAAGUUGCUUGCAGAUGCAUGGAGGAAACGGAUUCAUCUGUCCAACUGCACGGGGCAAAACUCCUGGAUGAGCUUGGCAUGGGGGUAAUAGAGCAGCACAAGCCAGAUUUAUCCAUUGCUCCAGAUCAGCGGGUGCCAGUUGACCUGGUUGUCACCUUCUGGACUAGGAUGCUGAACGGCCCCUUGCCUGGAGCCUUGCAGAACUCCCAGCACCCCAUGCUUCAGACCAGCACUUGUAACGCGCUCUCUUCUAUUUUACCAGAAGCUUUCAGCAAUUUACCGACUGACAAGCAAAUGCUGUGCAUCACAGUUCUGCUGGGGCUCAACCACAGUGAGAAUCCGCUGGUGAAAGCGGCAGCCGCACGGGCCCUCGGGGUCUACGUUGUCUUCCCAUGUCUUCGGCAGGAUGUGAUGUUUGUCGCUGACACAGCCAAUGUGAUCCUGACCUCACUCUCUGACGGUUCUCCGAAUGUCCGGGCCAAAGCCGCGUGGUCCUUGGGGAACCUGACGGACACUCUGAUCAUCAACAUGGAGCUUCUGGGACAAAGUUUUCAGGAUGAAUUCUCGGACCUCCUCCUGUUGAAAAUGCUACGAGCAGCGAUUGAGGCCUCUAAGGACAAAAAUAAGGCAUGUAGCAAUGCUGUCCGCGCCCUCGGGAACCUCCUGCAUUUCCUUCAGCCAGCUCACAUCGCCGAUCCCAGGUUCAGCGAACCCAUCGAGGAAGCAGUCCAGGCCCUGGUCUCCACAGUGCGGAGCGAAGCCACCAUGAAAGCACGCUGGAACGCUUGCUACGCCCUUGGCAAUGUCUUCAAAAAUGGUGCCUUGCCUCUGGGAGAAGCCCCGUGGACUGCCCACGUCUAUGAUGCCCUCACCUUGGUGGUCAAGUCCUGCAAGAACUUCAAAGUCCGCAUCAAAUCCGCUGCCGCCCUCUCCAUCCCAGCUGAAAGGAAGCGUUAUGGCCCUCCUGAGCAGUUCUCUCAGAUCUGGAGUGCGCUGGUCGUGGCCUUGCAGAAGAGCGAGGACACGGAAGACUUCCUAGAGUUCAAGUACAGCACCAGCCUCCGGACGCAGCUCUGCCACGCUUUGCUUCAUUUGCUGAGCCUGGCAGACGAGGCUGACCUGCCAUCCAUCUGGAGAACGGUGGCAGAGCACCAAGAGGUCCUCCGAUCCUACAUGCUGCAGUAUGUGAGAUCGGGAGUCAAAGACGAGGAAACGGGGAUUGGAGAGAACUUCUGUCAAAGAAAUGAGAUCAUGGAGAAGGCGAUUGAGCACAUGCGAGGUCUUGAAGAGCAGUCGAUGUGCCCUGUAAAAAGGGGAGCCGUGGCAUGCCUGGAGGAAGUCUUGAAAAUCCAGGUUGCUGCUGCAGGACUGGCAGAACCCUGAGGGCAGGUGUCUUUGAUUUCCCCCUGUGUGUUGGCAGCAUUAAACCUCUUGCGUGGAGGCUCUGUCUGAGCGGUCUUGGUCCCAUAGAACAGGCAAGCCCAGGAUCGUUAUGUGGGCUGGUUAACAUUUCAGAAUGCCUCGAGCAGACUUCCAGGCUACCAGGUUUAGCAGCUGUUUUUAGAGAGUCCUUUUUACAAGUCCUUGCCAUAAUUAACAUUUUUCUAAAAAACGAGGAGCAUCAAUUUAGCCACGUGAGAACAAUUCAUACGUUACACAUGGUGGUGAUUAAAAGUGUAUAAAUUAGAAUGACGAUUCCUAAUGAGACAUCUGGGGAAACCCAAGAAGACUGUCCCCCUGGGGUGAUUAUUUCAGGGGAAUGUGCCUAAAUGGAGAUCUUGUUAAUGAAAAUGCUUCCAGUUUGGCUUCUCCUUGGGAUAGUAAUUUAAAAUGCCCGUUGCCCCAUUGAUGCUUCAUCGCAUGCCACAAAGUCCCAGGGGACAGUCUGGGGCAAAACAGGCCGCCAGUGUUUAUGAGGCUUCAAGUAAGCUCUAGAGCAGGGGUGUCAAACAUAUGGCCUGGGGGCCGAAUCAGGCCCCUGGAGGGCUCCUAUCAUGCCCCGAGCAAGUCUGCUUCCUUCUCCCUCUCUCUUGCUUCCUUCAAACUGUUAAACAGAAUGUUGCAAGACUGCUAACCUUUUAAGCAUGUUUUAUUUAAAGGGUUUAAAAAAAA